GAUUUUUUUUUUUAAUAUACACGCGUUUUACACGAGUUUGUUGUUUGCUGCCGAAUUCCCCUUCUUGUUCAGCUGGAUGCUGUGAAGAUCUUUAAGCAGAAUGGCGAUGAAUGGCAAACAAGUUUGCGGAGUGAACGGCGACACUGACGACGCCUGUAUCAAGGCGCGCCCGGUCGUCACAAACGGAGAAAGUGAGCUUUGCCCGUCCAGACGAAACGGCGCCGGAGGAAGGGCGACGAGAUUCGCCUUCUCCGAUGGGCCCACCAUGGAGGAUAUUCGGCGGAUGCAGGCGGAGUUCACCGACGAGAGAGACUGGAACCAGUUUCACCAACCCCGCAACCUGCUCCUGGCCAUGGUCGGGGAGGUCGGGGAGGUGUCGGAGCUCUUCCAGUGGCGCGGGGAGGUGGCCGAGGGCUUGCCCAACUGGACCGACGCCGAGCGAGAACAGCUCGCCGAUGAACUCAGCGACGUUUUGAUUUACCUGCUGGAACUCGCCGAGAAGUGUCACGUCGACUUACCCCAGGCAGUGCUGCGCAAGAUGGCCCUAAACCGGCUGAAGUAUCCCGCCAGCAAAGUGCGCGGAUCCGCCAAGAAGUACACGGAGUACGAGGACUGAGAAGGGGCACUAGUGUGCAGCCUUACAUCAGGAGGAGUUCGUGUUCAGCCCGCUGCUGGACUUUGGGAAAUGGCGUUGUUGGGUUUCCUUCCUUUUAACGGCCGCAGUUCGUUCGGAACUUGCUGUGCCUCGUGUGUUGUCUGUCCUCCGCGCGCCGUCGUGCACGACUUCCAUCUCUACGCCUAAAAAGUCAAUGGAUGAGGAUAUUAUUGCUUUGUUAUCUUGUAUUGCUGUGUUUUUUUGUUUUUGUUGUUGUUCUUAACAGGACAUGGCACUUUAGUUCAAGCAUGGACAUGCCUACAGUUAAUGGCAGUAGUGUAGUUAAUGGCAGCAAUUCCUUCUGGCUUCCCUGAAUAUCUGCUUUUCUGUGCCAGUUGGCGGUUAUUACUUUAAAGUUGUUAAGUUCUGACUCGUCAGAGUCGAAAUUCUCUGUCACCUCUCCUGGUUACAUUAAAUCAUGUUGUGAUCUUCACAGCUGUCACUUCAAA